AUGUCGGCCAAAUUCGAAAUUUACUAUCCCAUGCUAGCAUCCAAGCUCGAGCAGAAUGCUCUUGCGGUGGCGGGAUGGGGAAUGCUCGGCGCUGUGCUCUUCGGAGCCUUGUUUGUCUGGUCCUUUGCGGUUGACGCCAGGAUGCCGAAGCUGCCUAUUGCCAUGCAGGAAGAGGUGCCAAACAAGAAGAAGCGAAUUGACAUUUUCAUCAAAGAUACUCGGAGACUGCUCAUUGAUAGCUACAAUAAGUUUCAAGAUCAAGUCUUUGGAAUCACGACCACAGAAGUUUCUCUCUCUAAAUGGCAGUUUAGUAUGAAAAAGUACACCAAAGUGGGCAAUCUAGACGAAAAGCAGAUCAACAUUGUGAACAGAAAGCUGAAUCCAACCCUUCCGCAAUAUGUCCCUGUCAUUCAAGAGUUGAUCCGCAGACACUGGCCACUGGAGAGUUUUGACAAACCUACCGUCACAAAGCCCUGGCCGCACGUCAUGCGCCUCGUCUCCCGCAUCUCGGCCCGAGUCUUCCACAGCGCCGCCUCGGCCGACAACGACCACUGGCUAGACAUCGCCAGUGAACAUGUACACUCCGCCGUCGUAUGGACCGAGAACCUGAAGAAGUGGCCCGCCAUACUCCGUCCCCUAGUUUACCGAUUCGUCAAGGGUAGAGGGUACAUGAUGCAGCGCUUCGAAGAAGGCAAGGCCUUGGUGGCUCAGACGCUGGAAAACAAGAAGGCAAAUGGGGGCAAGCCUCUGAGUGACCCUCAGUCGCUUCUAGAUUAUCUCUACGAGAGCGAGCUGGGCCCUGAUAAUGUCGAGGCGCAUACCAUUGCCCAGAUUAACCUGUGCGUGGCUGCCAUUCAGUCCAUGGCUGCGACGGUGACUCAGUGUCUCAUGGAUCUUGCUACGCAUCCCGAGUAUGCGCCAGAGCUCAUUGAGGAGAUAAAGACAGUGAUUGAGAAGAACAAUGGUGUGGUGGAUAAGCGGGUACUGACUGAGGUGUGGAAGCUGGACAGCUUCAUCAAGGAGACUCAACGGUUGAACCCUCCCGACCUGACUAGCUUUCAGCGAAAGGCUCUCUCAGACAUGACCUUGUCCAACGGCCUCCGCAUCCCUAAAGGCGCCCGCAUUGUCCUUCCAACGGGAGCGAUCAACAUGGACCGGGAGUUUUUCGAAGACCCCCAGACCUUUGAUGGCUUCCGAUACUACAGGAUCCGAACUGCAAAUGGGGAGGCCCGGAACACAAACCAGAUGGUCACUGUCGGCAAGAAGGACUUGACGUGGGGCUAUGGCAAACAUGCCUGCCCCGGUCGGUACAUCGCCGAGGUGACCAUGAAGCUGCUCGUGAUUGAGUUUCUCAUGCGCUAUGACAUUCGGCUGCCGGAGAAUGUGAAGGAGAGGCCGAAGAAUAUUGAGUUUGAGGGCUUGAUUAUCCCAGAUCCCGAGUGGGAAUUGACGAUGAAGAGUCGAUGA